ACUUUCCUCUUCAAGUCCAAGAGGAUAGGGACAUUUGUGCCUGAUAUUUCAUUCAUUUUGGGAUACUAGGCUGGAAUAAAGAUUCAAACAGGGCAUUUCUUUAUAAAUUGUAAUCUAAAAUAGGACAGUGCAAAGGUUCUCAAGAAUGUCUCACUGAAUUCCAUUUUAGAAGAAAUGGGCCAACAAGAUGAUGACCAGCUAGAAGAGAGUCACCAGGAAUCUCAAAAAAAACUCCUUAAGGAAGUUGCAUUCAAGAAAAAAUCUCUGACAAAGAAGAAAGGCCAUGAAUGUAGCUCAUUGGGGGAAAAAAAUGUGAGUACAACACAAGUUCCUUUAAAAAAAAAGAUUCUUAAAUUCAAUUCACAGGGGAAAAGUUUGAAACAGAAUGUAGACUCUUCAAAAAAGAAACCUAAUGUAGCUAAAGAGCACAGAAAAUCAUCUAGCAGUAGCUUAUCUGAAACAAAGAAAGACAAAAAUCGAAUUGGUAAGAAACAGAAAUUAGCCAAUGAUACCUCAUCUAAUAGGUGUGACAAAACUCAAACUGACAAGAAACAUGAAAAAUUAGUUCGUCAUGGAUCAUCCCAUACUAAAUGGAACAAAAAUAAAACUGGAGAGAAACGUGAAAAAUCAUCCAGCCAUAGCUCAUCUCCUCCUAAGUGUGAUACAACUCAAGCUAAAGUGAAGCCAUAUGAAUGUAAUCAGUGUGGGAAAAUUCUCAGCCAUAAACAAGGACUUAUAGACCAUCAGAGAAUUCAUACUGGGGAAAAACCAUAUGAAUGUAAUGAAUGUGGGAUAGCCUUUAGCCAGAAGUCACACCUUGUUGUACAUCAGAGAACUCACACGGGAGAAAAACCAUAUGAAUGUAAUCAGUGUGGCAAAGCCCAUGGUCAUAAGCAUGCCCUCACUGACCAUCUAAGAGUUCAUACUGGGGAAAAGCCUUACAAAUGUACCGAAUGUGGGAAAACCUUUAGACACAGCUCAAAUCUUAUUCAGCAUGUGAGAUCUCAUACAGGCGAAAAGCCCUAUGAAUGUAAGGAAUGUGGAAAAUCCUUUAGGUAUAACUCAUCUCUUACUGAACAUAUAAGAACUCAUACAGGUGAAAUACCAUAUGAAUGUAAUGAAUGUGGAAGAGCCUUUAAGUAUAGCUCAUCACUUACUAAACACAUGAGAAUUCAUACAGGUGAGAAACCCUUUGAAUGUAAUGAAUGUGGGAAAGCUUUCAACAAGAAGUCACACCUGAGUAUACAUCAGAGAACUCAUACUAAGGAGAAACCCUACAAAUGUGAUGAAUGUGGAAAAGCCUUUGGACAUAGCUCAUCUCUUACUUACCACAUGAGAACACAUACGGGUGAAAGUCCCUUUGAAUGUAAACAAUGUGGGAAGGCCUUCAAACAAAUUGAAGGCCUUACUCAACACCAGAGAGUUCAUACUGGAGAGAAACCCUAUGACUGUAAUGAAUGUGGGAAAGCCUUUAGUCAAAAGGCACACCUCAUUGUACAUCAGAGAACUCAUACUGGGGAGAAGCCCUAUGAAUGUAAUGAAUGUGGGAAAGCCUUCAAUGCAAAGUCACAACUUGUUAUACAUCAGAGAUCCCACACCGGAGAGAAACCCUAUGAAUGUAAUGAAUGUGGGAAAUCUUUCAGUCAAAGUAUGCACCUUAUUGUGCAUCAGAGGAGUCAUACAGGAGAGAAACCCUAUGAGUGUAGUGAAUGUGGAAAAGCCUUCAGUAAGAGCUCAACUCUUACCCUGCAUCAACGAAAUCACACUGGAGAAAAACACUACAAAUUCUGA